GUUGAAGUACAUUUAGGCAAUUGAAAAAUUCUUGUACUUGUUUCUACAGAAUGUAAUUUCCUUAUGUAUAUUAUCAAUCUGAAUCAUGAAUAAAUUGUCAUCUGAUACAGCGAGAAUUAUCAGCAGCUUGCAGGUGAUAACAAAAGUUGAAAACGUUGUGAAAGAACUUAUAGAAAACUCACUUGAUGCUGGUGCUACUUCAGUUGAAGUAAAAUUUGAAAAUUAUGGAUUAUCAAAAAUUGAAGUUCGAGAUAAUGGAUAUGGCAUUAAACAAUCAGACGUAGAAUAUGUAGCACAAAGACAUUAUACUUCAAAAAUAUCAUGCAAGGAAGAUUUAAAUCAUCUUGAAAGUUAUGGAUUCAGAGGAGAAGCUUUGAGUUCACUUUGUGAUGUUGCAGAGGUUUUUAUUACAACUCGUACAAAGGAUGAUUCUUACAGUACAAAAUAUUCUCUCAAUCAUAAAGGAUGCAUAACAGCAAGUAAACCAUGCCAUCUUGUACAGGGAACAGCCAUCACAGCCAACAAUCUGUUUGCAAAUAUGCCAGUGAGAUGUCAAGUUUAUCAAACACCGAGUAAAAGGAAGCAAAUAUUGAAGAAUACUGAAGAUAUUUUAAUGUCAUUUGCUUAAUACAUCCUCAAAAGCGA